CAACAGGGAGGCAAGUCACAGCCUGCCACCACCACCCAGGCUCCGUAAUUGGAAUCCGCUUAUGGGCUCAAAGGAGCCCAUUAUAAAAACACCUAUUUCCAUACACUCCCAACCAACACCCUAAACAAUUUGCACUCUUGUGGAGGAAGACCCAUGAGGGAUUGAAAGAAUUUUUUCUGGGUGACAUUGAGGAGACAGUGACAUGAUUUGGGUGGCUUUCUAAAAGAUGACCAUAGAGGACCUCCCAGAGUUCCCAUUAGAAGGAGAGUCUUUGAUCGGAAGAUACCCAUUUUUGUUUUCAGGUUCAGAAACACCCGUGACCUUCUCCAUUUCUGCAGCACCAAUGCCUUCCGACUGUGAGUUCUCUUUCUUUGAUCCGAAUGAUACAUCAUGCCAGGAGAUUCUCUUUGAUCCCAAAACUUCUGUAUCAGAAUUAUUUGCCAUUUUAAGACAGUGGGUUCCUCAGGUCCAACAGAACAUUGACAUUAUUGGGAAUGAGAUUCUUAAGAGAGGCUGCAAUGUGAAUGACAGAGAUGGACUGACAGAUAUGACUCUUCUACAUUAUACUUGCAAGUCUGGAGCUCAUGGUAUUGGUGAUGUUGAUACAGCUGUAAAAUUUGCAACUCAACUUAUUGAUCUGGGAGCAGACGUUAGUUUGCGGAGUCGCUGGACAAAUAUGAAUGCUUUGCAUUAUGCUGCUUAUUUUGAUGUCCCUGAGCUUGUAAGAGUGAUUUUGAAGACAUCCAAACCAAAAGAUGUGGAUGCUACUUGCAGUGACUUUAAUUUCGGAACAGCUCUGCACAUUGCCGCGUAUAACCUGUGUGCAGGCACCGUGAAAUGCUUAUUGGAGCUUGGCGCAAAUCCCGCGUUUAGGAACGACAAAGGAGAGAUGCCCGCCGAUGUGGUUCCUGACCCAGUGGAAAUGCCGUUGGAAAUGGCCGAUGCCGCGGCCACUGCCAAGGAAAUCAAGCAGAUGCUGCUGGACGCGGUGCCCCUGCCGUGCGAUGUCUCCAAGCCCGUGCCCCCAAGUUCCGAUCGUGCCGCUAGCAAGGCAGUACUGACCUCAGCCGGCCUGAAGCUGGGGGACCGGGUGGUCAUUGCAGGACAGAAGGUUGGAACAUUAAGAUUUUGUGGAACAACUGAAUUUGCAAGUGGGCAGUGGGCUGGCAUUGAGUUGGAUGAACCAGAAGGGAAAAACAAUGGAAGUGUUGGGAAAGUCCAGUACUUUAAAUGUGCCCCCAAAUAUGGCAUAUUUGCACCUCUUUCAAAGAUAAGUAAAGCAAAAGAUCGAAGGAAGAAUACAAUCCACUCUCCUUCCACAAAAGCUGUGCCUCUCACCCGGUCCCAGAAGAUUGAUGUGGCUCAUGUAACAUCGAAAGUAAAUACUGGGUUAAUGCCACCAAAAAGAGACAGCGCUUCGGAAUCAACGCUUUCGCUGCCUGCUGGUGAGGAACUGAAAACCAUGACGGGGAAAGAUGCUCACCUGCCUGGAUCCAUCAGCAGCUUGUCCUCUGCAUCUUCCUUGGAGCACAAGCAGAGCCACCCCAGGAAACUGAACGCACGUGGCAAUGGCAAGCAGACCACGAGCAAAAGCCCGUCUGCGCCGUCGAGGGCCAGCGCUGGUUUGAAUUCUUCAGCAACAUCUGGAACAAAUAGUACCCGCCCCGCGGGGGAGCUCCAGCUGGGGGACAGGGUGCUGGUGGUUGGCCAGCGGAUCGGCACCAUCAGGUUCUUCGGGACGACAAACUUUGCUCCAGGACAGUGGUACGGGAUAGAGCUCGAGAAGCCGCACGGCAAGAAUGACGGCUCCGUCGGCGGCGUGCAGUAUUUUAGCUGUUCUCCAAGAUACGGAAUAUUCGCUCCCCCAUCCAGGGUACAAAGAGUAACAGAUUCCCUGGAUACACUUUCAGAAAUAUCUUCUAAUAAACAGAAUCAUUCUUAUCCUGGUUUUAGGCGAAGCUUCAGUACCACUUCGGCUUCUUCCCAAAAAGAGAUUAACCGGAGAAACGCUUUUGCCAAAUCCAAAGCCGCCCUGCGCCGCAGCUGGAGCGGCUCGGCCCCGGGCGUGGAGGGCGCGCGGCUGCACGAGGGCUCCCAGGUCCUGCUCACCAGCUCCAACGAGAUGGGCACCGUGCGCUACGUGGGCCCCACCGACUUCGCCCUGGGCAUCUGGCUGGGGCUCGAGCUGCGGAGCGCCAAGGGGAGAAACGACGGGGCCGUGGGCGACACGCGCUAUUUCACCUGCAAGCCGAACCACGGCGUCCUGGUGAGGCCGAGCCGGGUGACCUAUCGCGGAAUAAACGGGUCGAAGCUCGUGGAUGAGAACUGCUGAGUUAAACUCCCGGCGUGUUCGGUGAGUGAGCGUGUGAGCGUGUGUGUGUGUGUGUGUGUGUGUGUGUACAUACAUGUAUGCAUGUGUAUGUAAGACAUAGAAUAAAGAGUCGGUGGCAAAUGUCCACUUUAAUUAGCCACUAUUUAAAAUGGGAAAAUAUGGCUAUCUUCCUAAAAACCGCACAACAAUCCAGGGAGACUCCUUUGAAAAGCUAGCACUGUGAACUGUGGUUCCCUCAGAACAGUUUCGAAAGGAGCGUUUUUAAAGGCUUUUGAAGCUUUAGACCCAAGACAGUUCGGAGACGUGGGGUAAACGUGCCCGCGGCUGCCGCCCGCGUCCCACCUGUGCGCGCAGUGCCGGUGUGCCCUGCGGGCGGGCUUGCCAGCUUUGGUUACAUCUGAUGUCCACACGGCCUUUUCCUGUCAAGUAGUUUGGGGUUUUCGUUUCGUUCUGCACUAGUCGUGCAAUAAGAAGCUCUGUGACUAGUGUAUUUUUCAUAUUUGGGGCAAAAUCAUUAGCCCUUUCAGGAGGGCCUCAUCGAAAGCUAGGUUAGAGUUUUGGAGUUGGAUGGGGCCUUGGAGGCCCGAGCUCAGCCUCGCGUCCAUGGCCAAGCACAGACACGGAGUCUGAGCGGUUUUCUCACCCUCGGCCACCGGCUGGAUGGCUAAGGCCUGAGGAGGGAGCGUGGGUCUCCUGAGCGGGGCUCACGCUCUUUCCUCUACGCAAAGCGUCUACUCUCAGCUUUCUCUUCUGCGGCGGUGCCUGCCUCAUCUGGAUGAAUUAUAAAAACGAUGAUUAGGUCUAUGAGUUCAAGUCCUUAUGAGGAUUUUUUGCACAUAUUUAACUUCCUUAUUGGACAGAUCUCUAAAACACACACAGACACACACACGAAGCACUUUUACAAUAUGAUGCACUUUCAUCUUUGCCAUCAUUUCCUCCUGGGGUAUGAAAAACAUUAAAAAAUUAUAUUGAAGAGAAGAGUGCAAAUUAAGAUGUGUUAGAAAGAAUGUAGUAGUUAAUCAUUUAAAUGUUUAUGAUUUCUCGUUUUUUUUUUGUUUUGUUUUAUUCAUAAAACUGGUGUUCGCUCUCAUUGCUGUUUUGUAUUUUCAUUUGUUGCAAGCCAUUCUGUUACAGCGCGGGGCUGAGUCAUCAUGGUUUUAUUUUCCUUGUUGAGCACGUGUUGACAAACUACUCUUCAUAACAGAGUGAGGUGAUAAUGCAAAACAUAUGUGUUGUGGAUACGUAUUGAAGUUUAUGGUCCUAUAUGUGUAAUGAUUGAUCCCUAUUUGCAGAUAUUUAGACCUUAAUCUACAACAGAAAUAUCGGAACAGUUUGCUUUAUAAGAUUAAAAUCCUCCUUCAGAAUGGAGCUUACUUUGUGCUUAGAAAUACUAGGUUGAACUAUUUUGCAAUAUACUAUUUAAAAUCAGAAUUCUGUUGCUUCGCUGCCUUUUUAAAAAGAAGUGUGGCAUUUCAAAUAUUGUUAGAGCUAUUUUCCUGAAAUACAUGUGCAAAAUAAGGCUGCUUUAUAACCAAGGAAUAUUUUUAUUGACUGAAGAAAAUGACUGUACUGCUAUUCAAAAGUAAACUUAUUUUAUUAUAUAGCUUAUUUCUUAAAGACUCUAUUUAUACCUUGACAUGAAAUCCCUGGUUAUACUGAACUUGGGUGUCUAUAAUUCUUCCUGUUGACUAUAAAACACUGUAAGUAAUGCAACACAAUUCAGUGUUGCAUUUUGAGAUCAGAAUAAUUCUCAUAUUUAGAUUAGGAUUAUUAAAUCCAUGUAAUGUGUAUGUUUACAGAUGCUAUACAUACAAAUUCAAUGUUUUCAUUUGUUUUGCUUAUUGAUGUCAAAAUUCACUUCUUGAGCGUUAAUAAAAGGGAAGCUAUUUGGUUUUGGAAUGGUA